AGCUAGGCUCACGCCAUGGCACUCACUCUAGCCUGGGCAACAAAGUGAGAGUCUGUCUCAAAAAAAAAAGGAUAAAUCCAUAUGCAGAGCCAUUGACAUAUUUAGAAGUAGAAAUCUUAAAGCUCUUAGCCCUUGUUCUCUUACUGUUUAAUGGGAAUAAUUAUAAAGACUGUCAGGGCCUCAAAUCCUAAUGCACAAAUAGGGAAUGUGGAAAAGACUUCAUAAUUGUACAUUUAAUAUGAAUCAACACUAUUGUGUAAUUUUUUUUAAAAAAGUAAAUUUAAGUUGGUAGAACAGCAUAUAGAAAGAGCAAGUGUUAGCACCACUUUACUUUGUACUGGUUGUAAUAUACUUGGGAUAUCAUGUCAGCUUUUUAGGUAGCAGGAGACCUUGUAUCCAUUCUCAGACUUUAUAUGAGAACCACUUGGAGAUCAAAUGAAACACACGAACACACACAAGGCACACACAUGCAUGCCCAAGCUUAAGUAGGAGCUGGGCCUCUGUUUUUCUCAAGUUCCCAAAGUGAUAGACACCCAAGUUUUGAAGUCACUGUACUGUUAGAGCAUAUACGGAGACCUUGGUCAUAAGGGAAAUGGAAAUGAGGGAUGUUGAAAAAAUGGGAUGUCUGACCUAAAGAAGAGAAGCCUCUCUAAGAAAUUGUAGCCACCUUUAAAUAUUUGGAGGUCUGUCACACAGAAGGAUCAGGUUUGAUUUGACCCAAAAGAAUUAGGCUCUAUGGGUAGAAGUUAGAUGCAGAUUUCAACUAUCUUCUGAGAGAAAUUUCCUCAAAACUAAAAAUGGAAUGGGUUGUUUUGGAUGGUAUUCUGUCUCUGUUUGCUGAUGGUGUCCAUAUUGGAGAUAGAGUAGAGGAAUUUAUGUGCUCAAGGAAGGAUCUGGGCUAGGUGUCUUCAAGUUCCCUGCGAACUGAGAUUUUAUGAAAUAUGUUUAGGUUUGCAGGCACAUGGUGGAAGAGCAAAGCUAAUUGAGUGAAACAAGCUGGUUAGCUUAUGUGGAUCAAGGUUUCACAUUCUUAGAUAAAGAUAAAUGAGCAUUAAGUAAGGCUAUUUGAUGAAAGGCUUUACAUCAAGCUGUACUUCUGCAGACUCAGAAGCAUUGUAAAUAGGCAUAACUUCUGAGAUGGAAAUUCCCAUUUAAAGAAAAUUAUCUAGAUGUAAUAGAGAUGUGUGUGAAGAUUUAGUUGUGAGCAUACCAAUUACAGCAUUGUUGUGUGUAUUUAACCCCCACAGUAAUCAUAUGAAGUGGGUAGUAUUAAUCUCCAUUCUUUGGAAGAGAAAAUAGGCAUUAGAGAAAAGAGGUUGCUUCCCCAAGGUAGCUGAGUUAGUGGUAGAACUAGGACUUGAAUCCAGCCAGUGUGGCUCCAGAGCCAGUAGUAUUCUUGAUCACUAUGCUGGAAAAUUGUAAACAACCUAAAUGUUUCACAGUGAUUGUUAUGGCACAUCUCUACAGUGUAUUACUACCAGGCCAUUGGAAUAAUUGCAUCAGAAGCAUGUAAAGACAUGAAGAGAUUUCUUGGUGUGUUUAAGUGAAAAGAGUAGAUUUAAAAACAUGAUUCUUCAGAGAGGAAAGCAAGGAUAGGAAGAAAAAUAAAAAAGCAGAUGAAAACCACAUGAUUCUAUUUUGGUAAAAAAAGGAAAACCAAAAAUAUAUUGAUGUCUGGAAAGGUAUGUGCCAAAUUGUUAAGUGCUUAUUCUGAGUGGAGUUUUAUAGGUGAUUAUUUUCUUUUUGCUUAUCCAAAUUUUCUAACUUCUAUACUGAAUAUGAAUUAUUGUGUAUUAUAAUUAAAAUGUUAAGAUGUUAUUUUUAAUAAAAAUUAUAGAUAUUAGCAUAAGCCGAGAAAAUUGGAUUUUAUACUAUGCAUUUUAUGCAAGUUGAUUUGGGAAUUGCACAUAAAUGAGAAUUUGUAAAUGGAUCAAGUGUGUUGUAUUUUUUUUAAGUUUGAUUCCUUACCAUUUUAGAAGUAAUGUGUUAAUUUGGAGGACAAUAUCAGUGACUCCUACCCCCUGACCAUAAUCAGCUCUCUGUUUUGUUGUGUUUUAUUCAUCUUAUGUGAAUCUAGCUCUGUUGCCCGAUAGAGUGUAGUGGUAUCAUUACAGUUCACUGUACCCUCAAAUGCCUGGGCUCAAACAGUUUUGCCUCAGCCUUCUGAGUAGCUGGAUUUACAGGCAUGCAUGCUACCACGCAGGUCUUGCUCUGGCUUGGCUCUUGCUUAUGCUGGUCUCAACUUCCGGUCUCAGGUGAUCCUCCUGUGUUGGCCUCCCAGAGUGCUAGGAUUAUAGGCAUGAGCCACCAUGCCUGGCUGUAUGUGUAAUAUUUUAAAAUAUUGUGUUCAUCCAAGUUAGUCACUAUCUAGCUAUGUGACUGUAGGCAAUUUAUUUAAUCCCUCUGUGCCUCAGUUUCCUCCUUUAUAAAAUGGGGAUUAUUAUAAAGCCUACCUUAUGGUGGUUGUGAGGAUUGAAUGAGUUACUACAUAGAAAUUAAUUAGAACAGUGCUUGACACUUAAGUUAAUAGCUCAAUACAUGUUAGCAAUUACUAUAGGAUCACAGUCCACUAUUUAAAACCUUUGGGGUAAUAGGCUUUGAAAUAUUUAGGAUAUAGGCAAGGUAAUAAUUAUAUAGCCUUCUAACAGAAUCCCAUGCCGUACUUCUCUUCAAAUGUUACUAUUUCUGCAGCAAAAUGUAUGAACAUUUACAUUGAACAGGAUAAAGAGUAUAAACGCUUCAUAUCAGUUCAGGUCACAGCAUAUUUAUGGAGGAAGAUGUCCCUGGUAGAUUUGGGAAAGAAGCUUUUAGAAGCGGCACGAGCAGGUCAAGAUGAUGAAGUUCGUAUUUUGAUGGCAAAUGGAGCUCCUUUUACUACAGACUGGCUGGGAACUUCUCCACUUCAUCUGGCAGCGCAGUACGGGCAUUAUUCCACCACAGAGGUUCUACUCCGAGCUGGUGUAAGUAGGGAUGCCAGAACCAAAGUGGACCGAACACCGUUGCACAUGGCAGCUUCUGAGGGCCAUGCCAGCAUAGUAGAGGUUUUACUUAAGCAUGGUGCUGAUGUCAACGCAAAGGACAUGUUAAAGAUGACAGCUCUGCAUUGGGCCACAGAACAUAAUCAUCAAGAGGUGGUGGAACUUUUAAUCAAAUAUGGUGCUGAUGUACACACACAAAGUAAAUUUUGUAAAACUGCAUUUGAUAUUUCAAUAGACAAUGGAAAUGAAGAUUUAGCAGAGAUAUUACAGAUUGCUAUGCAGAACCAAAUCAACACAAACCCAGAGAGUCCUGACACUGUGACGAUACAUGCUGCAACACCACAGUUUAUCAUUGGACCUGGAGGGGUGGUGAACCUAACAGGUCUGGUAUCUUCAGAAAAUUCAUCCAAGGCAACAGAUGAAACGGGUGUAUCUGCUGUUCAGUUUGGAAACUCCUCUACGUCAGUAUUAGCUACAUUAGCUGCCUUAGCUGAAGCGUCUGCUCCAUUGUCCAAUUCUUCAGAAACUCCAGUAGUUGCCACGGAGGAAGUGGUUACAGCAGAAUCUGUAGAUGGUGCAAUUCAGCAAGUAGUUAGUUCUGGGGGGCAGCAAGUCAUCACGAUAGUUACAGAUGGAAUUCAGCUUGGAAAUUUACACUCCAUUCCCACCAGUGGAAUAGGUCAGCCCAUCAUUGUGACCAUGCCAGAUGGACAACAAGUAUUAACAGUACCAGCAACGGACAUUGCUGAAGAAACUGUUAUAAGUGAAGAACCACCAGCUAAGAGACAAUGUAUCGAAAUAAUUGAAAACAGGGUGGAAUCUGCAGAAAUAGAAGAGAGAGAAGCUCUUCAGAAACAGCUGGAUGAAGCAAAUCGAGAAGCACAAAAGUAUCGACAGCAGCUUCUAAAGAAAGAACAGGAAGCAGAGGCCUACAGACAGAAAUUAGAAGCUAUGACUCGCCUUCAGACUAAUAAAGAAGCUGUUUAAUUGAAAUGAACAUGUAGUUUGAUUUUACUUUUGGUCAAGAAAGAAUACAAUCUUGAACUGUACACAAUAAAGGUACAGUCAUGGGCAUACAGGAUAAUAGAAGAGACUACAGAAUGAUAAUUGGACUUAAGCCAUGAGCUCUGAAUUCUUGUAACAUAAUAGAAGUUGUGAAAUGUAUUUAAAACUGAAUUCUGUAAAUAGUUUUUGUUUUUUUUACAGUUCAAAAUGAGUUGAUAAAGAUUGUUGAAGAGAUCCAAAAACACAAAAGCCACUGUUUUUGUGAAUUCUUUUUGAUUUUAGUACGAACCUUAAUUUCUCAGAAACAGAACAGUUUUAAGGGUGAUCGUUGUCGAUUAGACCAAAUGUUGUAUAAUAAUUAUGGUGGACUGAUGCUGGAAUUACUCUUGUAGGUAUAAACUUCUAUAUGAAGAGAUUUCUCCCAGGAAAUCUUUGUACAGCUUUAAGUUGUCUCAGAUUCUCUGAAAACAUUUUUUAGAAAGCGAAAUUUUUAUAUUUGUUCAAUUUCAGCUAUAUGCAAGUAGAUUUACAUGUAUAUGAAGCAAAUAUUUUUUAAACUUUCUGUUUGUACAUAUUCUGCAUGUUUUAUAAUUUCAAAAUGCAUCACUGGCAUAGGUAUUUUUCCCACAAAGAUGAUGAAAGUUGCCAGAAAAAAAAACUCUUAUUAUUCUAUAGGUCAUUGAAACUAAGUAAGCUAGCAGCUGGUUUUAUUGGAAUGACAAUGUUCUUGGAAGGAGCAGCUUACAAGAUAACUUGAAUUUGCAAAAUCUACACUUUUUUUGAAAAUUUCAUAGUGGGGACGUGAAACUGUAUUCUGUGCCUUCCAUCAUGAUUUCCACAUGAAAGCACUUUAAGGCACUGGAUUUUAAGAUAAUGUUUUUGGAAAACUCAAUCCAUAUGGGCUCCUGAAAUAUUUCAUGGACUUAUUUCCCCCCUCCCCCCAGGAAAUUAUUCUUAUGGAAAAAAAUUGCUUUUGUAUGUAGAACAAGAACUUUUUGUACUACAGUGAUGCUACAGAUAUGUCUAACAUAACUUUUACUUUUCCCUGUUAAAGCUCAAUGUCUGUGCUGUGACUUGCUCUCAUCACAAUAUCGUUGAAUUCCACAAUGUAUGAACAUUAAACUCUGACAGACUGUUCUUUUUUUUUUUUGUAAAACAUAACUUCAAACCCUUUUUUUUUUUGCUUUAUUUUUUAAUGUUUUAUUGCUUUAUGAAAAUGUUUAACCCUAAAACCCCUCUAGAUUACCUAUACUGUAUAAAGAAGCAAUUACCCUUAAAACUGUACUCUGGCCUACUUUUCUAUUUUACAAUUAAAUAUCUUUUCCACAUAUGUUCAGUGUAGACUUAUGUUUUGACUACAUGUUACUCAUACAUUGAAAAUUUUAUACUACUG